ACCGGGUGUCGAUGUAUGCUCUGUUAUUGAUGAUAUGGAUAUAGGUGAGCCGGAUGAGCUGAGGGCAGCUUUCAAGAAAUCAUGGUUCGAAUGCAUCUCUUAUGGGAUAACAAAUCUCGACCGUGGAGCAAAGAAUCUUCGGUGGGAUGCGGCAAUGAAAAAGUGUUAUAUAAUCGAUUGGGAGAGGCACUGUGCUCCAGAGGAGGACGCGGAUUCAACUUGGCGUGAUGCCAACUAUUUAUCGUGGCAUCUGGCAUGGAAGGGGCCAAAUGGAACACGCAAUAACAUGUCGACCUGGGAAUUUUGAAUUAACUAGUACAUUACAGUUGACUCAUUCAUAACUUAAGAUGCACUAACAGGCGAGCGAUCUCGGAGUUUCCUCUUUAUAAAGGCAUUAUAUUUGAUAUGUGGUGGUUCACUCUUUGGAAGCCUGUUUACCUGAACAACCCUUUGCAUUAUAAAGUCA